AUUUGACGUUUUUGUCAGAAAAGUGUGUGCAAGCUACGCGUUGGGAAAACAGUUUUCAAAAGUUCGUAAUUUUACUAAGUUUUUGUGGAAUUUGGCUUCGAUUUGGACUAAAAACCAUCAGAUCUAGGUUUACUACGACAUGGGACGAAAGCGGGACAGUGAAGGAUCUGGUUCCGAUUCGGACUCGAGUCGUGGCAGUCGCAGCCGUAGCGGCACACCACAAGCGGCCCCAACACCGGGAUAUUCUUUGGAACACCAUGAUUCCAGAUCGAAUUCCCCACAGGCAAAUCGUUCCCGUUCCGGAACCCCACAGAAUCGUAGUCGUUCCAACUCGCCCGGCUCUAACCGGUCCCGUUCGGGAUCCCGGCAAUCCGGUAAAUCUCGAUCUGCUUCCCGCUCGCAAUCACCGGCUGGAUCGCAACGCUCCCGUUCCGGUUCGCCCAGAUCGCGCUCUGGUUCGAAAAGCCCAGCCGGGUCCCAGCGCUCUGGAAGGUCUCGAUCCCGAUCGCAAGCAUCAGCCGGCAGUGCCAAAUCCCGGUCUCGCAGUGGCACUCCAGUGAACAGAUCGCGAAGUGGAAGUCCUGCUCGCUCCCGGAGUGGAUCACGGUCUAGAUCAGCUUCACCGGCCAAAUCCCAAUCGAGUCGCAGAUCCCGCUCCCGAUCACGCAAGUCAGGAUCGCGUUCGCCAUCACAGGCCAAAUCACAAAGAUCUAAAUCCGGAUCUCGUUCUCCAUCGAAGAGCGGUCGAAGCCGUUCCGGAUCGGCCGAUUCUGAAGUAGGAGAGAAACGGAAGCGAGCGGUGAUUUCCAGCGACUCUGGUUCUGAUGGAGAGAAGGUACAAACUAAAAAGAAGAACAAGCUCAUCGAUUCCGACUCGGAUGAGGCUUCCGAUCGAGGGGAGCCAGAAAAGGCAAAGGACAGCGUGACGGCAGAUGCCCUUUUCGGUGACGCCGAUGACAUCAGUUCGGAUGAAGCUUCGGAACGGGAGCGAGAUGAGCUGGACGAUUUGGAAGACGAUCAGAAGAAAGAGAGCGAUCGGGAGCGAUCUAGAAGUCGGAGCCGGUCACGAUCGAGAUCAAGGUCCAGAUCGCGAAGCCGAGGAAGUGAUCGGCGAUCUUCUGACGAUGAACUUGGUGAAGGGUUGGCAAGAUUCGAUGAGCCCAAAGAACCAGAACCAGAGCCGGAACCAAUUCCAGAAACGAGAAUUGACGUUGAAAUUCCCAGAAUUGUUACCGAUCUUGGCCGGGAUUUGCAUUUUGUAAAACUCCCUAAUUUCCUUUCGGUGGAAACUCGCCCCUUCGAUGUUGAAACCUACGAAGAUGAAAUUGACGAAGAGGAAACUCUGGACGAAGAAGGUCGACAACGUUUGAAGCUGAAAGUAGGAAAUACAAUCCGUUGGCGCAACAAUAUUGACGACGAAGGAAACGGAAUCCGGGAAACUAACGCUCGCUUGGUUCGAUGGUCCGACGGCAGUAUGAGUCUGCAUCUAGGGUCUGAAAUCUUCGACGUCUAUAAACAGCCACUCCAAGGCGAUCACAACCAUCUCUUCAUUCGCCAGGGUACCGGUCUUCAAGGUCAAUCCGUAUUCAGAACCAAGCUCACCUUCCGACCGCACUCUACGGAAUCGUUCACUCACAAGAAGAUGACCAUGUCGCUUGCCGAUCGAUCAACUAAAACAUCCGGAAUCAAAAUUCUCACGCAAGUUGGAUUCGAUCCGGAUGCAAAUCGCAAAGAAAAUAUUCGCAAGGAGGAGGAGAAACUACGAAUGGCCAUGCGAGCGAAACCAACCGGCACCAGCAAAUCCAGCAGUCGCAAACGAGAUUCCGGUGCCAACGCGAACAGCUCCUACCAACACGACGAAGGUUCGGACGAUGAAGGAGGCAUUUCUAUUGCGGCUAUCAAGAACAAAUACAAGGACGAUCGUUCGAAGCCGAAACAGGGAGCGGCGAUCUACUCAUCCGACGAAGAUGGUUCCGACCUGGACAUGGGUCGCAAGAAGAAGAACGUCGACAAGAAAAAGGUGCUCAAAGCACUGGGAGACUCGGACGAUAGCGACGAAGGUUCCGCCCAUUCUGGUUCCGGAUCUGGCUCGGGAUCGGGUUCUGAUCGUGGAUCAGGCUCCGGCUCAGGUUCAGACGCUGGAUCAGGAAGUGAAAAAAGUGGCGGAGAAAAAUCUGGUGGAGGUGGAGGUGAUGAAAGUGACGAGUAAUUUAAACAUAAAUUUCGUCUUUGUAUCAGUUAAAACUCUUAAGAAUUCAAUAAAGCUAGAUCUUAAUAACCCAUAAA